GACAUUGCCCUGCUUGCCUCUUGCCACACGCAAGAUGGCGGGAUCUCAGGAAAGGAUGCUGUGUUGUUGCACGCCGGCAAUGUGACUUCCGUUGUAAAGCAGCAUCAUGGCGGCGUCCAGGGAGUCCACGCUUGGCAAUAACACGGAGAGGGACGAGGAGCAAAGAGGAGGACCGAAAGCAAAGCGGCGGCGAGAGAAGAGACUGAUUGUCCUGCUGGAGGGAGCGUGUCUGGAGACUGUGCGGGUGGGAAAGACGUAUGAACUCCUCAACUGUGAUCAACACAAAUCUCUGCUGAUAAAGAAUGGGAGAGACCCAGGCCAGGUUCGGCCGGACAUUACACACCAGAGUUUACUGAUGCUCCUCGACAGUCCUUUGAACCGGGCCGGCUUGCUACAAGUUUAUAUUCACACUCACAGGAAUGUUCUGAUCGAGGUUAAUCCCCAGACGCGAAUACCCCGAACCUUCCCCAGAUUCUGUGGCCUCAUGGUUCAGUUACUGCACAAGUUAAGCGUCAGAGCUGCUGAUGGCCCCCAAAAACUUCUCAAGGUCAUUAAGAACCCCCUGACGGAUCACCUUCCCGUAGGCUGUGUUAAGAUUGCAAUGUCCUUCUCGGGAGAGAGCGCCCCCUGUGUGAGAGAGCUGGUACCUGCCAGUGAACCUGUGCUCUUGGUGGUGGGAGCAUUUGCACAUGGAUCAGUCAAUGUGGAUUACACAGAGCGUUGCGUUUCCAUCAGUCAGUACCCGCUCUCUGCUGCCCUCACCUGUGCCAAGCUGUGUACUGCAUUUGAGGAGGUUUGGGGGGUCCAGUGAAGAAGAAAGCGGUCACCUCACAUAUGUACAUAUCCAUUCCAGAAAUUCUCCACCUUCACCUACAAACCCUCUGGUGCAUCCUUACACGUAGAACUUUAUUAUUUGUAAGAACAACAAAGAAGAAAACGUAUGAAUGCUGCAAAGGGAUUGGUGGGUAGUGAACAGGGGCAAUGAGGAGGGCUAGACGCAGGGCUGUGCCAGGCAAAUGGCUUAGAUUCAGCCAAUGGGACCUAGAGCUUCUGGGGAAGAGCGGUGGCUACACACCAAAAGGCACACGAUGGCUAACAACUGGGCAAACUAUUUACACUCUUCCUCUGCCAUUAAAAUCAACAUCUUUCAUA